GAGUCGUGGUCCAUAGAAGACAGCAACAAACACUUGGAUCGCUCGUUCUUCAGAUGGGUCACGCAAAAGUUCAAGUUUCUCGUGGACGACGACAUGUGCAGCACUCUGAAGAAUUCAAGGGGGAACAUCAAAGUCGGCAUUACUUGGAGCUUCCCCAUCAUUCAGCACACCGCCUCCAAUAAGGGUAUUGUCUCUGAUCUCGGCAAGGGCUUCUCUGUGUGUGAUGAGUUCAAAGGAGGCGACUUAAAGGAUAUUUUUGAAAACUGCUUUGCGGAUGGUGGCAUACCGAUUGAGAUCUACUCGAUCGUCAACGACUCUGUCUCUGUUUUCGUCACCGGUUCUUACUUCAACAAUGCCAAACUCGGAUUGGUGCAAGGAACAGGUAUCAACUCAUCCUUUCUGGUCGACCAGUCACUUGCAGGAAAGCAAAAAAUAAAGUUUUUGAGAAACACAGAUUCCGAUAAGAAGGUACUUAUCAACACCGAGGCUUCAUUUUUGGGCUACCACCUACACAAGUAUGUGAGUGACGUUGACAGAGACAUGAACCGCUUGUGGAAAGUAAUGGGUAGCGACGAAUACCCUCCUCCCCACAUGACGACAGACACAUACGGCGUUUUCCAGCCAUUAGAGAUGAUCACCUCAGGAAGAUAUAUACCCGAAAUCAUCAGAAGAUUUGUUGCUGAAUACUUCUCAGACACAGCUGUUCCUGAAGCGGGCUCAGAAUACACCUUAUCGGCGGAACUGCUUGCAAGCUUGUACCGUUGCAGUGACCCAGAGAAGUUCAGAGCGGAGCUGGGGAAAUCCCUUCCGCUUGACAACUUGAAGGACGAUGAUUUGGUGAUCUUGAAAACCAUCACCAAGGCAGUGAUAUACCGUGCCUCCAUGAUACUUGCGUCCUACAUCAUUGCCAUGGUUCGAGUGGCAAAGUUCACCCACCUCGAGAAGUUAGAAAUAUCCGUAGUGGGUUCCAUGCUCCAGUAUUUCCCAGAAUACAAGGAGACCGUGCUGGGCAUUCUGGACAGCAAGGCCGUACAAUCCCACAACAUUCCAAAAAUAUCCUUCGAUUUCAUCAAGGACAGCAGCAUUUACGGGGCAAGCAUUGCUGCAUAUGUAAACCAGGAAAGAAUGGGCCUGUGAUUAGAUGUGCCGACGUCGCACGAAGGACCAUUACAUGUAAGUACUGCAUUAUAUAUGCCAUCUUUAUAGAUAACGAAGGAACCUGUAACGACCAUGGAGACCUGCUAUGCACUGCGCUUCUGACCCAACAUCCCUAGCCAGCCGGUCACCUACCUGCU